AUGGAAAACUGGGUUUCUGAACACUGGGCUGGGGCACAGGCGCUGUGGAUUGCCCAGGAAAUGGGUGCUUGGAGCAUGGUGAGUGCUCAAUAUUUGUUCCUUUCCCAGAACAUUCCAGGGUUUGUGAAAGAAGUUGUCAUUCAGGAAGCUAAACUGAUGCUGAAUUUUUCCAGAGGAACUCAGUCGGGACAGUCUUUCUUGCUGGUUCCUGGCGCUCCUUUCUGCUUGCUUCACACACUUUUUGAGAACUCCCUCUGCGCGCUGAGCUUCUGCGAGCAGAGCGCAGCCCUCCCACAGCCCAGCGGGGGUUCCGUUUCCCCUGGUACUCCCAGAUCCAGGAGCUUAAGGACCUCUCGGUCCUCCAAAGGCGUCAAGCUGGACGCCCCGACCACAGAAACGCCCCAAGGGGCUUACCUGAGCUCGGGCACCAUGGGCUAUGGGGAUGAGCUGACCCCCGAGGCUCUUAGUGUGCCUAGUGGUUUUGAUGACCUGAUCACCUCCACCACCUCCCAGGUGCUGCAGGCCUUGUCCAACGUCGCAUCUGUGGUUGGUAUUGGCCAAGGUGGUCGCAAAGGCCCGCACGCGAUGGAUAAAUUGUCAGACAACACGGGAGACCUGGCUGACCUGUCAGGUCCCGUAUCUUCGGAGAUGAUAUCCCAGGAUGAGCAGGUGCAGUUUUGGCUAGUGAUAGGGUAUACCAUAGUGGUCUUUGCUGCCAUCAUAGGCAAUUGGGUCUUAAAUCAUGUCAUUAUGAAAUACAAGAGGGUGCACACCGCUACCGGCCUCUUCGUUGUCAAUAUCUCUGUGACCAACAUGAUGCUGGCGCUUCUCAGCUCCCCUUUCACCAUGGUGCGCUAUCUAGGCAAUUCCUUGGUGUUUGGAAAGAUGACAUGUCACCUCAGCCGCUUUGCACAGUACUCUUGUGCCUAUGUAACCGUGAUGUCCAUGGCUGCUAUUUCUCUGGACCGACACCGGGUGAUGUUAUACCCCCUGAAGGCACGAAUUACUCCGAUGCAAGGCAAUGUUUGCAUUAUUAUCAUCUGGAUUGUGAGCACCUGCGCUGCUUUGCCACAUGCCAUUUACCAGAAGCUUCAGCAUGUUGAAAUUGGAAACGUAACUGAAGAAACGGUCUGCCUCCCCAGUUUCCCAUAUACUUCAAAAUCCACUUGGAAAUACCUUGACCUGGGCACCUUUUUGCUCUUCUUCAUGCUACCUUUGACGGUGCUGGUGGUUGUAUAUGGUCAUGUGGCUAAGAAGCUGUGGAUCCACAAUGCUGUCGAUGACAUCAAUAUCCACACCUACAUCUGCCAGCGUGGGAAGAAGAAGCAGACCCUUAAGAUGCUGAUGAUAGUGGUGCUUGUUUAUGCAAUCAGCUGGCUCCCCCUUAACAUCUACUUGGUGCUGCUGUCCAGUGAAACCAUCUCAAGCCACAAUAGUCUCUACUUUUUCCUCCACUGGCUGGCAAUUAGCAGCUCCUGCUACAAUCCCUACAUCUAUUGCUGGCUCAGUGAUAGCUUCCGCAUUGAGGUUCAGAAGGUCAUCACGGAGAUGCAGAAGACCGCACUGGAUGCAAUCCGCCGCCUGAGGGGAGAGCACCGCAGGCUGAGCUCUGUCUCACCCACUCACCGCCCUGCCUGGGUGGACCCAAAUCCCGGAGUUCCGAAAUUCCCGACGUUCAAAGAUUUUGAUGAGCUACCCAGUCCCCCUCCCUCCCCCGGGGUGGAAAUCUCCUUUCUCUAUCCACGAGUGCCUAGAGUUUAA